AUGCCUGAGGCUUUUGGGCUUCAUGCCAACGCAAAUUUGGUGGCAGCGAUUAGCGAGACCAUGCGAUUGCUGGGUACCGCUGCCUCGCUCCAACCAAAGACGGGAGGAGGCGGCGGUGGAGCCUCACAAGAGGAUAUCAUUACAGAGGCGGCCUCCAAGUACUUGGAAGAUGUGAAGCCUCCAUUCGACACAGAGGCUGCCAAUGUUAUGUAUCCUGUGGACUACAACGAAUCGAUGAACACAGUGCUGAAUCAAGAACUACUUCGCUUCAACAAGCUCAUUGUCAAGGUUAGAAGCACUCUUACAGAUGUGCGCAAAGCGGUGAAAGGACUUGUGGUGAUGAGCCCGGAACUUGAAGAGGUAGCAGAUGGCAUCCUCACGGACAGGACACCAUCGGUCUGGAAGGAAGUGUCCUAUCCGUCAUUGAAGCCGCUGGUAUCUUACGUCGCAGACCUGUGUGCUCGAGUCAGCUUCUUCCAAACCUGGCUCCAUGAAGGCACCCCUGAGUCCUACUGGCUCUCAGGAUUUUACUUCACUCAAUCAUUCCUCACCGGUCAAUUGCAGAACUAUGCUCGCAAGCUUAAACUGCCCAUUGAUACGCUCAUUUGGGUUUUCAAGGUGCUCAAGGCUUCUGCUGAGCUUGCCAGACCUGCAACCGGCUGCCUUGCUUAUGGUGUCUUCAUGGACGGAGCACGUUUGACUUUGUCCCUGUCUUUACCUCCGCCUCGUCCACCCCUGUGCCAUCUGCUUCUCGUCUGUCAUCUCCUCCGUCUGGGAGGGCCCGCUCUGCUUUGUUGGAAUACCUGCAUGAGCAACAGCCACGACGGCGAAACUGAGGCUUCCGUGGACUUGCCUGGCCUUCGGGUUACUGUGGUUGGUGCCCCUUCUCGGGUGGCUGAUUUCCUCCAAUACCUUGCUGGAUUUCCGUCUGAUCGUGUGCGCUCUCCUACUCCUUCUGUUGGUUCCUUCGAGGUUGUGUCUGAGGCUCCCAGCGUUCCUGCCUCUGGUUCCCGGGUUGGACUUGGACUUGAGACCAGGGAUCAGAUCGCUUCAACUUUUGCCCGUUGCCCUGACCGUCAUUUGGCUGUCGGUGUGCGACUUAUUGGCUCCUCCUUGUCUGGCCGUGACCGUGUCUGCCGUGCUUGGACUGCUGGUUUGUGGGCAAAAGCCGUCUUGGACUCCCGGGUGCACAGCCCGAACCGGACCCCUCCGAUCGACUUGCGGUCGAGGUUUUACGCGGUGGUUCGUGCUGACGGUGUUGAUUGUCCUGUGGUGUUCAAGUCUUCCUCGUCUUACUGGCGUGCCAUCGGACUUGCAGAAAUGGCCUUGGAUUUGACGGCCGACGAUGUCCUGUCUCUCAGCUCUUUGGUGACUGUCGAUCUGGAUUUAGGGCCUUACGUUUUGGAAUGGCCCGCUGUCCCAGAUACAGAUGGAGCACUGGAGGCUGUGGUUUUGGUUGUCAUGAAGCGUCAGGGCGGACUUCUUUUGGCUGUUCCUCCUCUUUUCAUUCCAGCGUCCAUUCUGGAAAGAGCGAAUGCAGGUCAAGAUGCUGGGGCUAUAGGCGCUUCCACAUCUCUGGUGGUUCCUGGGGUCAUAGUGGACAAUGGAAUCAGAUCUCCCACGGGUUCAUUGCUCGAAGUUUUAGUGGUGGACGUAGCGGCAGAUCUGGUCUCGCAAAUGAGGGCUACAAAUUUGGCCGAGGACAUCGCUAUGGCUUUCGACCCAGAAUCUCCUUUCACUCUUCCUUCACCCGUGGAGUUGUUGCAGGGAGCCAGAGACUGGAUCAGAGGAGCUGGAGAGGAAACAGGCCUGAACUUUUACUCAGCCGAAGGUCAGUCAGAGACGGAGAUCGACGAAGCGAUCAGAUCUCCCAGGGCUGCUGCUCCAAAGCGGUCGAGGCGGUUGCCAAAGGCAGGCGCCACUCCUACUGGAGGCGGAGGUCCCUCAGGUCGUCCAAAGAAGUUGACCACAGCAGACCUUGCCAUGUCUCUGGAUCAGACAAAGAAUCUUGGGGGCCUUGGUUCAUCGAAUGUGCAAAACUUUCAGCCACCGGACUUGCUUGCUUUGGAGGCGGAGAAGAAUUUGCCAGGCCCUCCGGAUGGGGACUUGGCGAAGGCAGUGUAUGCCCAGUCCCAAGCUUUGACAGCGCUUGUGGGGCAGAUAGCCCAUUCAAGUCAGGACCCCUUGGUGGAUUUGGGGGCUUCUUCGGCGAGCACAGGUACCAGGGGGGCUUUGGGGCGAGCUCGCCUCCAGACAGAGCUGGCCUCCCAUUCGGGCCAGUUCUAUGCAGCAGUGAUGAGGGCAAUGGCACGAAGGAUGCAGCCGACUCAGUCUGCUACGGUUUCAUUGGAAGAGCUUCAUCGGAGGGGCAUCAGUGGAACGCUUUACAUGGAACGUUUCGGAGGCUACGGAAGGCACCGGGAUCUGGGAUUGAUUCUUUUCCAGGUGAUGGGAGCCAUGGACUACCUGCUGGUGGGAAAUCUGGAAGCUGCCAAGGACACUCUGGGUUUGUUGGCAGUCUGCAUAGAUCAGGCGGUGUUGGACGGAGGCAGAUUCGAUCUGGCGGCUCUCUUGACGUUGCAGGAGGAUCCCCCCUCUUCGAUUUAUGUGAACCGCCACCAGGGAGUCCUGAGCCGAUCCAGAUCUUUCACUCCCUUAGCGGAUCAACGCUGGGUGACAGUGGCUCUCGCUUAUGUGAAAGAAUUGGACCUGAUCAAUUCCAAGAGGCAAGAACUCACCAAUCAGGGCCCAAGAGCUUCAAACCAGCAGGAGGGAGCGCCCAAGGCAAAGCCUUUUCCCAAGAGGUGGAUUGCAAGGUCGAAGACAAAAUUUGCUUGGCAUCUUCGACGCUCCUUUUGUUUUUCCACGCGACAGUCGAUGACACUGUCUACCACUGCUUUCCCUUUGCCAUUGCCUCAGCUUCCAUCGUGCAUUGGAAAGGGUUAUGCCAGGUUGUCAAGGAGGAGGCUUGUGAAGCUUUGCAGAGCGCGGCUGCUGCAUGUGACCAUUUUUACUUUGAACUAUUUGUAUCUUGGUCGCUUCCCUACCUUAGACGAGCUUGGUCGAAAGCCUUCGUGUUCCCAAGAGAAGAUUAUCUCGAAUUUGAGGGCUUCGCUUGCAGUGUGUGGAUCUUCCAAUGAGCUCUUUAGUUUGGCCCCUGGGAGAUCCGGACCUGAAUUAGGUGCAUGUUUGUAUCAGUUGGAGCGUUUCUUUGUCGGCUGUCCUGAGCUGCAAAACUCAUACCUCGAUAAGCCAAUUGGAUUUUCUGGGGAUCAAGCUCUUUUUCCAAAUGAGGAGUACCCUGAGCUUACUCCUUAUAGAGCUUUGGAUGCUGACCGUCUUCGUCUUGUCGGUGAAGGUCGUUGGCCCAUGAGUGAUUUCCUGGAGGGUUCCCUUUGGCUUCCUUUUGUUGAACCUGCGGUUUUGCAGCAUGGACUUGAUGUGGAUGAAACUUGUGCGCCAAAUUUUGCUCAUGAGUCACGGCAUGAAUGCUUUAAGCUGAUGAAGGUUUGGGAUUCAAGAGGUCUGCUUGAGCUUUUUGAUGGGCCUUCUGAUGAUGGCUUGUUCAGCAGGGUUUUCAAUUGCUUCAAGGGGCCGACAGUUGACAGGCAGAUUGGUGAUCGUCGUCGGGUAAACAUGUCAGAGCUUGCUUUUGAUGGCCCUUCACAGUUCCUCCCAUCAGGGCCUCUCCUAGUGCAGUUGCGGGUUGAAAGGUUCCGACAGUGCUUGCGAGCUUCAGUCACCGACCGACGUGACUUUUAUCACCAGGCGAAAGUCAGUUUGGAGAGGGCCCGAACCAACAUGCUUCCUUUUUGCUUUCCUUUGGAAGAAUUGAGUGGUUUUGCAGCUCUUGAGAGGUUUCAGGAACGUCUCCGAAAGGGAAAGGAUGUCAGGCGAGAGGUUCGUGGUGACUUGCUUGGUGUUGAGAAGAGUCAGAAAGCUGCUGGCAAAGAAGGAGCAGUAGUUGAGGCUGAGAUACGUGGUGGACUCUGCGAGGAUCUUUGGCUAGCAAAUAGAGAGGAGCCUGAGUGGAGUCUAGCUGGGUUGGAAUCGGUUGUGUCGAAUGAUGUCAUGCUCUCCUCCUCUUGGCGCGAAGUUGCCUCUUGGUUUUGGAAGCGUGCUCCCCACAUCAAUGUUCUGGAGGUUUCCUCUGCUGUCCGGGUUUUGCUUGAAGCUGGCAAGAGAGGAGCACAUGCGAGGUUCUUGGCUUUUGUUGACUCCUCCGUGGCAAGAGGUGCUCUAGCCAAAGGUCGUUCUACUUCCAGGCUUUUACAGCCACUUCUGAAGCGUGCCUGCGUCAUCCAGGUCUGUUAUGACUUGUACCCAGUUUGGCUCUACAGUCCCACCAGGUUGAAUGUGGCAGAUGACCCUACCAGAGAAGAGCCCUUACGUGAACCUGCGGUCUGUAGCUUUUGUGAGGUUGAUGGAGUGGAUCUGCAAGUGUUGCAUGGCGUUGGCCUUAAGAGAGUUGGUGCAAAUUGGGUCCGUUUGCUGGUCUUGGUCCUCACCUUUAGCCGAAGUGAUGCCUGCUCAAGUGGUGGAACGCCGAACCCGUUCGGUUGUGGGCUUUAUGCUUCCUCCUAUGGACUGCCUGGGGGCUUUUGGAGUGGGGUCUACGAUGGCUUUUCUUGCGCAUUUGAUCCUCUUGUGCAUUUCCUUCUCUCUCCUGGUGGGUUCGUGUUUGUCCUUCGUGAUCUUGCCCACGGCUGGGUUUUGUCUCUUUGUGGACUUGCCAGAGACCUCCUGUUUGUGUGCUGGGUUUUCUGUUUGAUGCUGACCCUUGGUGUCCUUGGCAUGCUCUUUUUGUCUCGGCUUGCUCGGCGUGUGCGUUCUCUGUGGCUUGUUUGCUUCUGUAGUCUAUUUCUCAGCCCUGCACCUAGGUAUGUAGGUUUGGACUUUCAUUGGGGCGUUUUUGCCAUGGAACCAGCCUCAGUGGCCGAGCGGCGUAGGGCAGCUGAGCGAGCUGGGAUCCUGCCGAAAGGAGACCGUGUAGCACUUGAGGCAACAAGAGGCAGGCGACGGAAGCUCUUCAGACAGUUUCAGGUUUGGCUCUGGCAAGAAAAGGGGAUUUCACUUCUUUACCUUUUGAGAGAAAAGCCUGCAGAUCCUGAACGUUUGGCUUACUGGUUGGUGCAGUAUGGCGGUGCUCUGUAUCAAGCUGGUAAGGCCUACGGUAUCUAUGCAGAGACCAUAAACAGUGUGGCUGCAGAGCGACCUCAGGUGAGAAAACAACUGGUUGCUGCCUGGGAUUUUGCUUAUUCCUGGGUAUCUGAGGAACCGUUUUCUCAUCAUCCGGCCUUACCAGCCUCCAUUUUGCUGGCGAUGAUGGCAGUCUCCAUUCUUUGGGGGUGGCUGACGGAAGCCGCAAUUUUUGGCUUGAUGUGGGCUGGAAUACUCAGGGUUGGUGAGGUGCUGCAAGCUUCCCGAGAGGAUUUGGUUCUGCCACGGGAUUCGGCCCCUGGUGUUCGUUAUGCACUCCUAAAGAUAAAAGAACCAAAGACAAGAGGAAAGCAUGCAAGGCAUCAAGCAGCCAGGGUCGAUCCCACUGACAUCGUUGAGUUGCUGGAUUUGGCUUUUGCGAAAGCAGACCCAAAAGCGAAGUUGUGGCCUCUCUCUGGCUCUACCUUACGAAAGCGUUUUGGUGAUUUGAUGAGGGUGCUGAAGCUUCCUGAAGGGUCAAUGGGCCGACUUAAGCCUUUCGAUCUCGCUUCACUGCGACCCGGUGGAGCCUCUCACCUCCUGAAUUUGACAGAAGAUUCAGAGGUUGUGAGGCGCAGAGGCCGCUGGGCUACAAUCAAAACCAUGGAGAUUUAUCUUCAAGAGGUGCUCUAUGUUACCUAUGUGGAGCGCCUACCCCAGCAAACAAAGGAGAUGAUCCGAGUUGCAGCUGCAGGCUUCCCAGACCUACUGCAGAAGGCGGCCAAGGACCAACUGCUUUUGGUUGGCAACGACAUCAUUGAGCGACAGCAACAAAUUUGGUCUGGGCGCAAGGGAACGCUGACCACAACGGGUCACAGUACAAACUUUGUGAUGACCUUGAUGUUGCCGAUCACCAAGAUGCACACAGAGAAGUACUGGACAAAGCGUGGUGUGGCCUGUUUGCUGCAGCUAGACGACUGA